AUGAGGCUAAAAACACAGUUGGUAGUUUUCUUGUUAGUCCUGUCCGUUGGCUUUUCGGCGUCCUUGGAAGAAUUUCUUGAUGUGAGUCUUUUGGAUGAAAGUCAAGAUAACCGACGUGUUUCAGUUCCUUUCUUGGAACCUCCAGACUCGGUGGUUAUCUCCUGGAUGGAGAAGCCGCCUUAUGUCAUGCUUGACGAAGAGCCAUUAGAAAAGAGCGAAAACCGAACAAGAUUGGCCUCGUCACAGCCAGGAGAAGCAAUGAACGCAACGAACAAUAACAGUGGUAUAAACCAAGAAAGCGUGCAGGGCUCCUCGCCUGGAUUCAGAGUGAAAGGUAUCUUUCAAGAAGUUGUGUCCAAGGGACUUCAGAUUUGCGUUAGAAUACCCGUUACUAAAAUCAACUUCAGGAAAAAAGCUGGUAAUCUACAACAGCUUGAUAAAACCAUUGUAAACAAGGAAGCUGAUCUGGCGCUUCCUGUGCAAGGAAGCGAAGAUGGUUCUUACGGAGGGCAUACGUACGUGGAGGUCUUGAAAUCGCCAGGUGUUGUUUUCAUAGUGGACAAACAGCAAACAUUAAGACAUUUACGAAAGCGCGUGUUACAAGCCAUGAAAGAUACCUGGCCUGUUAUUAUUUUAACCUUUUUUUUGGCAGGAUUUGCCGGGAUUUUGAUCUGGGGACUAGUAAGUGUGUAUAUAUUCAAUAACUUAAGAGAAAUUUUGCUUACUUAGAUAAACGGAAGGUAAAUAUGUUAAUUUGUUGUUGUGUUUUGUUGUUGGACACUUGCGUUUUGUGACAGCGGCUGGAUGACUUGUCAAAAUCGGCUAUUCUAUAUUUAGCAAUUAAUGAAUUCGCCUUUCGUAGGAUAUGAAGAAUUAUUACAUGGUUGAGUCUGUUUUCGCCAUGCGAUUGGUCAAUUUGAAGUCUGUAACUUGCUUUACGGACCAAAAUGUCAAAGAAAAUGCUCAUUACGGAGCUCUUAAUCUCUUUACGUCGAAAAAAAGGUUUAAAUAAAGUUAUAAGACGUCUGUCAACCUUGAGGACUUGGAUGUUGACUUUGUCCUUCAACAUUUUAAACUGAGUUUAUUUGCGAACGAAGACGAUGAAGAAUUUAACUCGUAAUCUUAUCGAAGAGGAUUCUAGUCAGUGUUUGAAAAUUUUAUCGUUGUACACAGUUAAGACGAAAAUCGACUGGCAGAAAUUCGAGACGUUUUCCCCCAAAAAGUUAACGAGCGAAUCCUUCGACAAUGACAACAAACUUACCUUGAAAACCUUCUUUGCCUUUUGCAGUGUUUUUUGUUACGAGGACCAACGGAGGAAAGAUGGAAACGACUUCGCGACAGACACAGUGUCUGCGGGUUUCCAAACUACUCCAGAGCUAAAAAGAGCAAAAACUUACAGUGCUCUUAGUUUUGACCGAAUAAACUUUUUCAAAAUGGCGAAUUUGUUUUCACUUUCUCGGAAGCUCUUUGUUAUGUGCUAUUGUUUUCGUGAGCCAAUAAAAACGUUUUUUUUUACGCCUGUCAAAUGACUGUCAAAUCGCGCGUUCUGAACUUGUUUCCGGUCCCCCAAACUGGAAGAAGCCAUAUAAUAAACAUCUUGUUACAGUACGGACCGAAAACUCGGCUAACAAGAGGUACCGUAAAAUUCCGAAAAUAAACCCCGGAGCUUACAUUUUUCAAAGGCCCUUUUUGAGGAGCCUUCGGCCACGGUGGAUAACACUCUCCUCGAUUAGUAUAAUUCUUCAUUCGAAUGAAGCCGAAUUCAUUGAUUGCCUUACUAUUCAUUCAAAAUAUUUCCUCGUUUAAAUCAAGCCAAAACGCGCUUACCUUCGUCCAUGUUUAUAAGUUCACCUCCAUAGUGCAUGUUUCCUGAAGAUAUAGGGCUGUUCAGGUCUGCAAAUAUACUCCAAAUAGCAGAUGUUGUCAGUCGAGUUGUCUUCUAGCUAUGUUUUUAGACAAUAGGUCGUCGUGAAACGAGUAAACUGUUCCGCCAUUUUUGUUUCGACAAACAAAACAACUCAAUCUCGUCCCCAGUCUUCUCGGCUAACGGUGCAUUAAUCUGCAACUGUGCUGCACUUUGACGUCAUCGGUUGAUUAAUCACAAGGAAAUUCUUCCAAAUUUGGUCAACAGUAGCUGGUUGUGGUGAAUCAUGGGUGUGCUUUUAGCUAAUCAGAAACGAAGAAAUAUUUUGAAUGAAUAAUAAAGACAUUUAUUAAAUUUUAUUUUCUUGGAGAUCAAAAACUAAGGCGACAGACAUUAAGAAGAAAUCAUUUACAGGGGUUGAAUAAAUAAUUCUGGAUUUAGAUUAAGCUUUCAGUUCGCCGACUUCCUGACUGGGAAUCUAAAUCGAUUAUAAUGGGCCUUAAAGAGCCUCCUUUGAAGUUGGGUCCAUGUUAUGAUUUAGCCGCUAUUAUCAGUCAUACUUAACAACGAAACCACAAAUGUCAACAGUAGCGAGCCAGGGGCAACUUCAACGAAGAGUUCUCUUUUUUUAAGCCCUUCGUAUUGACAAACUGAGAGAGAUAUGCGAAAACUGAGCAAUAACGGAAAUUAUUGCUAUUUUCACUGAAUUGAACACUAAUACGUGACCAAUAUCGUGGUGUCCUAUUCUUUUUGCUUAACCUUAGGGUCAAAAACGCUUUUCGAGCGUUUGAAAAGAGAAAGGUGCAGACUUGUCGGUGCCACUUGAUUCGGUUUAGUUCAGUCCCCUUUUUUAACGCAUAUUUUCCAUUUCACCUGUUGAAUUAAUACGUUAUUAUGGUAAUAGCCUGAAAACGUACAUGUGCUGAAAGUUCUGAUCACUUAUUUUCCUGAGUGUCAAAAAAAAGUUUGUUCCAUCUAAAAAUUACAAUGUUUUAAAUCUGUUUGAAUCACCUUUUUACAACACUAAUUGCUUUACGUUUUCAAUAUUUCUUUUUAAAUUUCAAAUAUUUCUUGGUACUCUCCUCCCUCUUCAAUACUUCCGUUUGUCAUACAUCAAUCUCCAGACCGAUAUUGCUCGUAGACCUCGUACCCUCCAAAAAAUCAUCCAUCUUAAAAAAAACGGUAUUUUGUUCAUGGAACACAUAUUAGCAAGAACUUACAUUGUAUCUCUAACAGGAUUAUUGAAAAGGUAAGCGCCAAAUAGACCUCUUCGAUCAAGCAGUAGCCAAUACAAAAACUAAAGUGGUAAUACAAAAACUAAGAGUGCAACAAUUAUUUUUUUCCUUUCUCCUUCUUUCUCUCUCCUUCUCCUUGCUCUUGCUAUUUUCCCUUUCCUUUUCCUUCCCCAGUGUGAUUUUUGACCUUUUCGAACGCAAAAAGCCUUCCUUUUGGCCCCUUUCCACUCAAAUGGCUGCAAAUUUUGCCAAGUUUGUUUUCAAAAAUCCUACUAGAUGUAUAUUUCUCUAAAUGAUAAAGCACUGAGACAAAACCGGGCACUUCUUGUCAAAUAAUGAGAACUCCUAGGAUUGCUAAAUGUCAGAUUUACUGGCACAGGCAGGAAGACGCCACUAAAGGAUAACAAGAGACAAUAAAGGGACAAAGAGGGAAUGUUAAGGUGUUGGCCGGGAUACGUGAAUUUUACUUACGUUAUUUUUAGAGGUUGUAAUUUAACGAAAGUCUAAUUCCUUGGACGCCCGCACAUUUUAAAUCGAUUGUUUGAAACGUCCACGCGCGACUUGCCUCAAAACAAACAAUGUAGAAUAUUGAAAUUGCAACAAACCAAGAGAGCAUAAUGUCCCAUAAAUCUCUCGUGACAAUACUCGAUAAAAGUUUUCGGACCUCUCCGGAAACCAACUUCAGAUUAAUUUCAAGCGUUUGAUUGGUCUAAAAAUAACGUUAAUGAAGUUCACACAUCCCAAGGGCUCCACUGGGCAAUUCCCUCUUCGUCCCAUUAUUCUCUCCUGAGGAUAUACAGUAUAUAUAUUUUCUUUUUUAGAACUUCUGACAACAUGUAGUCGAGAAAACGCUCAAUAAAGUAAUCCUGACAAAUUUCAUUUUGCUUCAUUUGCAACUAUUUUUUUUGUUACUUUAACUUAUAGGACAAAUCUAAAAAUUCUGAUCACUUUCCACGUUCUUUCACAAGAGGCGUGAUGGAGGGAAUUUGGUGGUCCUUCGUAAGCAUGACCACAGUUGGGUAAGAAUAGUUAAGCUCGAUGCCUGCUUCAUUUAAGUCGUGUAAGUUCUCGACUGUCGCUAAAAGAAAUGACCAACUGCUUGUCUAGUAUAAAUCCAGCUUAAUGGUUUGCACGCAUGCCGAAACUCAAAUGCUUUAAAUUUGAUUAUUUUAAGUAUAGACUACGAGUAGUCCAUUGUUUUCCUUAGGAAUGAUAAACCGAACGAACCUGAACUAAAUACGAAAGGGGAAGGUGAAAAUUGUCAACAACGAUGAAAAGCUGAACAGUAAUCAGGUUUUAGCUGAAAUAUUUUUUUCACAUGUCACGGAACUUAAAAGAGCGAAUAAGUGUACCCGGUUAUUUAUUUAGUUGUUUCAGUUUUUCGUUACGAUAGAGAUCCAUUCUUCACGAGACGUUUGGAAAUAUUUAUUAAAACUGGUAUAUUUAACUUUUGAUCUAUGAGAGUUUUUUCUCUGGAUAUUAGGUAUGGUGACAGGACUCCAAAGUCACCAGCUGCACGUUUGUUUGGCAUCCUGUGGAUUAUUACUGGCCUUAUUCUUUGCUCAUUUUUCACCGCUACUUUCACAAGUGCCUUGACGUCAUCAUCCAUGCUACAUCGUAAAUCUCUGUUGGGAGUGAAGGUUAGCACCAUCAUCGUCUUCAUCAUCAUUUCUCUUCGCACCAGAAAAUGCAAAGCGCCGUUAGGUUAAUAGUUAGCGGAGCAAGUUAGGUUACAUAAAGAAAUAAUAUCUGUAGUCUUGGAACCAUAUGUAAUUAGACUCGAAAUUCCUAAAAGGCUGAGACUGAAAAAAUCAAGGUAUUAAACAGGAUUCAAUUCGAAGCCAUGAAGUUUGUGUUAACUCAGUGGAUUAACAAUGCAUGCUUUAACCUCCAUACAAUGUCGCGGAAACUGAUUAACUUUACUUCAUUCCUAAACAGAUAAAAGGUUAUUCUUCUUUAUUUACAUACGACGAACUGCACAACUCUCACACCCUUGCGGCAACGAAUAUAUCUCAGGAGGGUUCAUUGAUGUCAACAAAACAACAAAGAAAUAUACUGGAGUAAAUGUGCGUAAAUCAUCAGAAAUGAUAGAACUGUUAAUCAUCGGGAAGCUAUCUAGAGGACACCCCUUACCGUCCCCUAUAUCUCACUAGGCUCACUUGAGUUCAAUAAUGUUAAGACACUAAGCUAACUUUUGAAGCUCACCCAGGUUGCAGUUUUGGAAGACAGUCAUGCGUACGACGAGGCUUUGAAGCAGGCUGCCAACGUCAAAGGUACGUUUUCAAAUUCUGACACCAUUUGAAGUCGUCUGAGUAGAGACGUUGCUAUAUCCGGGCGUGAAUGAAAAGGUAAUCAUCAAGUCGUUUUAACUUCUCAUUCUUACAAAAUAAUCAGUCCAACUAAGAGGGUUGGGAAAAAAAAUCAAUCAUCAUUUUGCAAAACGCAAAAGUUCUUGCCCUCGGAGGUUUCAUUUGAAUGGUAACACCAUAGAUUUUGUCCAUGAUGCAGUACUAAGUUAAAGUGAAAAUAACCUCACAUUGCUCAGCCUAGGAUGCCAAGGGGUAUACCUAUUCGUCGCUUCACACAUUUUUGCCGCAUACCUUAUCCUUUUCACCCUUUUAAUAGACUUAGCAGCAUUCCUUUUCACUUGGCUUCCUAAGUAAGCUUUGUCUAUCCUAACGGUCCAAUGCAGUAUAAAUUAAAAAGAAACUGCUCUGAAAGUUCAAUCUGCACUUUUUUCAGAUGAGGUAGAUAACGAAUACGUGGUUGUUCUAUUCAGUCAAGGAGUGGCUUCGGCUUCUCUCGAAGCUAUUUAGUUACUUUAGAUAAAAAUAAAACCACGUUUGAUUCAUUUUUCCAUAAGUAUUCGUCUGAAUCAAGAGCCAUUAUGGCUCUUGUCUUAAUAAAAAGGUAUUGACAUUUUUGGCGUCGGUUCCAGCCCUCGAACGUUUACAGUGAUGUCGGCUGUUGCGCCUUGUUUGCGGACUUAGUAUUACACCUGUCUUACGCUUCAGCCACAUCGUAGCUUACCGUUUUUACUCGAAAGAACGCUUUCAAGUGGGGAGGGAUUUACAGCACAUUUAUGGUAUUUUUCUUUGGAAUGCGACUUCAAGAGGCUGUGACAUGGUUGUCUAAGUCAUUUUUUUUUGAUAACGCUAAUGACGCCAGUUUCUUAUUUGCUAUGAGAAAUUAGUUGUGAAUGGCCAAAUUACAGCUUCGUGUCAAACAAUAUAUUAUAUCAAAGGUUACAGAUGACAAAAGUGAACUUUGAAAACCUGUAAGGCUACUAACAAGUUUCAAACAACCUCAAUAGAGAGAAGCCGUUACGUGUGUUGCCAUGGUAGCAAAACUCCUGGGCUGAGUUGCUCGAAGCAUGGUCAGCGUUAACCAUUGGUUAAGCAGUAUCAAAACCAAUACGUUGUCAUGGUAUUAAACGCUGGUUAACGCUAACCAUGCUUCGAGCAACUGGGCCCUGAAUGAUAACAAACCGAAAACAUCACUUAAGAAAGUGAAUUGGGACUGUUUCAAACUUCAUCGAUCUCAUUCAAUUUUAUUUAAUUUGUCAAAUGUCUGGGAUAUUCUGGUCUGGGGUUGAAUCCAAAAGGACCGUAAUUGGUAGAAAAAGAAAAAGGAAAAUUUUGCGCUGUGUUCACCAACUCCAUAAAGCGGGCGCGUGAAAUUAGAAAGUUUCCUGUCGCAUUCGUGCAACGACGGCCAAGAAUGUACAAAAAAGCGUACUGCACGUAUAAAGUUGUUGUUUUGCUAAUCUAAACCGGUUGCUUCUUUGUCGUUCUCGUUGCCGUCGCCGUCGUCAGUGCUUAAGCUCCCCAUUGUUGUGAUCUAGAAAUUUUGCAACCAUGGCAACGUUACGUCACACUUCCCCUCUCUAUUGCAAUUCGUGUCAAUCUUCUUCACGUUUGUCCAAUCGUGUCUCCUUUUGUGCUCGCUGUGUAAUUUAUACCUUCUUUUCUCUGUGGGUUUCAGUCAGUUUGGUGGCGGCUAUCACUGUCUGAAUCCUGAUAACUUUCGUGACACAGCCGGACUUUAACUGACGAACGCUUUAUUUCCUGUGCUGCAGAUUAUCCCAAUUUCCACGAAAUGUACAAUGCACUAGUGGUAAAAGAAGAAGUAGAUGGAAUCUUAGCGGACAUCUACACAGCCUCUUACUACAUGGAUAAAGUCGAAGACUCUCGCUUGGCAGUGACCAUGUUCCUUAGUUCUCAGCGGUCAAUUGGAUUUGCACUUGAAAAAGAAGAAUUUGAGAACCAAACUAAUUGCCUAAGGAAUCUGUUUAAAUAUCGACAGCGAGACAUCAAGAAAAUUAUUUUUCGACAUACACAAGCAUUACAUGUAAGUUGAUUUAUUAACCUUGAUUAAAAUAAGUGGGCUACUCUAAGACGUUUGCCUGUAGUAUUUACGAGGAAUUCUUUCGUAAACUCUGUAACUUAUUAGUUGUUAGAUAGAAGGAACAGCAAUUCCCGCGGCCUUGCUGAUUCCUGAUUUGAGGUGUUACGGCAAAAUUUGUCGAUUAAAAUCUUGACAAGAUAAAUCAAACAGUUUUGGGCAUUCAUAUCUUCUCAUUCUGACUUUGUAUUUCUUGGUACAGCUGCCUCGUUUGCAGCUAAAAAAUCGUCUUCCGAGGCUGACACAAAACGGGGCGACAAAUUGCCUGCCAUCCGAAAACAAGAAGAAGAGGAAGAAGAAGAAGAAGAAGAGCAGGAAUAAUUUGCUCCUGCAUGCAGAUACUGAAGAGUAGAUCUUUUAGGUUAAAGUCGUUUUAAAAAAUCUGAGAACAACCUUUAAUUGUUUAGGGCCAUAAAGGGUGGUAUCCACCUCCCUUAAUACGUGAUAACUGUCAUACUUUUGUGUUGGUCACGUUCAAGGCAAAUAGAAGCAAAAUAAAAGGCCUGGGGUGAGGGUGGAAAAGAGAAGGCUGCGGAAACACACUACCACACGGACAGCCGUCUUUGCAUCCACUGAAUUCUUUCAAAAUACGGUGUUUAGAAGCUUUACGACUUGCGAGUAGUAAUUUAAGUUUAAGAGAAAGAAAUUAAACAGAUUGCUUUUCACUUUAAUAUACGUACGUUACCAUCUGAACUUCCUUUUAGACCGAAACCAGGAGCCGCCAGAUAUCAGACAAAGACGCAGACCGUGUUUUGACUUUACUGGAUGGAAACUCGCCUGGAGUUUGGAUUGCACUUCCCGCAAUGUCGACAACCUUUAUCAUGCUGUUGACCGCGGGUUUCGUUUACGAGACGUGUGCUGCAAAGUGUAGGAAGAAGAGGCUAAGAAGUAAGUGUAGUGGGUUUCAUCAAACCACCACCCAGGCCUCUGGAGACUCUCACAGGCAAAUAUUCAGUCACGUGACAACUUAUGAAAUGCAUCAGUUACCUCAAUAA